AUGAAGCGCAAGUACUAUGCAUUUAGGAGUUCCUAUCUUCUAGCUUUGCGACUGCUUCAUCGUUUGAAGCGUCGCCUUGAGGGUGACUCUUUCCUCUUAGAAGCCUAUAUUCGUUUUCUACAGGAAUAUCAAAACCUUGGUCACAUGGUUUUAAACACUGAUUCAUCACUUCGUCAGAAUUCACAUCAUCCUUUUUUUCUACCGCAGCAUAGAGUUUUGCGCGAGAAAAGCUCCACGAACAAACUUCGAGUGGUCUGUAAUAGAUCUCAGCGUACAAAAAAAGGAUUUCCUCUCAAUGAAUGUCCUCACACUGGACCAACCAUUCUUCCAAAUUUGAUGCAAGUUGUUUUUUAUGAGGGUGAUAAAUAUCCUUUAGCUGCAUCAUCUAUUCGUCGAGGGACCUACGUGGAUGACAUCACUUCUGGAGCUGAUAAAUUAACCUCACAAACAUCUCGGAACCACAAUUAUGCUUCAGGACCUGCUUCAAAAGGAAUGCAAAGGGGUAGUACUUCAGAAGAAUUAAGUUUGGAAAAAAAUUGGAACUCCAAAAAUGCUUCAGUACCUCUUUUAAAAGGGAUGACGAGACCUAAUACUUCAGAUGAAUUAAGUAUGCAGUCUAGGGGCUAUGAACCUCCUGACCCAGUAUUUGGUAAAGGAAAACUAUAUGAAUUUUAUCAAAUAAAUAAUGCAAGAUUCGCAUUUGCAUCUGCCGGACCAGCACCAAUUCCUUUGUAUGAAGUAAUAUUUCAAUUUUCACAACAUCAUGUCCUGAAAUGUGAAGUACCAUCCGUAUCUCUUCCACGCUUUGAGCCUAUAAACAACGAAGGUCGAGAUUAUUCUGUAGCAGCAAACUCUCGUGGUGACAUUGUUGGAAUUUAUUUGCCUUCUUCCAGUACCAUUUUGAGAAUAUAUGAAAGUGAUGCCAAGACCCAGGUGACAGUAAACAUAGGUACCCUCAAGGUUAAACCUUACAGAAAAGUUUUUGGAUAAAUUUCUUUUUGAUU